AAUGUCGUCCGACUGCAACCAAAGUCGCAUCCGUAUUCUUCGGUGGCAUGUUACCGGCUGACAGAUCCUGAAAACAAGAUGAAUAAGACCAGCUUCUCUACACGCUGACGUGGGAACUCGCUCGCCUACAUCUGCCAUCGAGAAUUCUCACAGCACGUACAGCACCAAAAGUGCGGCAUAUAACUUUGAAAGAGCACAAUGACGGGCCAAACUCCACACAAGUUUGAUCCAAACUUUACAGAGGCGGUCAUCAAUGCGACAGGACCGAAGGCUACGCCGAGGGUUAGACAGCUUACGGCGGGGUUGAUCCGGCAUCUCCACGAUUUUGCGAGAGAAAAUGAGCUCACAGUAGAUGAGUGGAUGGUCGGCGUGGAGCUGAUGAACGCAGCAGGCCGCAUGUCCGACUCCAAACGCAACGAAGGCCAGCUUGUUUGCGAUGUUCUUGGUCUCGAAUCUCUCGUAGACGAAAUUACCUACAAACUCGCAUCCACCGCUGCAGACGAGCCAACCGCGACUGCCAUUCUAGGCCCCUUCUACAGGCACAACGCGCCCGAGCUACCCAUGGGCUCCUGCAUCGUCUCAAAGGAGGUAAACGAACAGGGAGAUCGAACAUGGAUGCACGGUACUGUCACAGAUUUCAAGACAGGAAAGCCCAUUGAGGGCGCAGUCAUGGACAUAUGGCAUACGGCACCAAAUGGGCUGUAUGAGCAGCAGGAUCCUAAUCAACCGGAUAUGAACCUCAGAGGUAGAUUCACAACAGGGAAGGACGGUAAAUACAGCCUCUAUUGUCUGAGGCCGGUACCAUAUCCUAUUCCUUUCGAUGGGCCGGCUGGCAAGAUACUGCAGGCAUUGGACAGACAUGCAAUGAGGCCGGCGCAUAUUCACUUUCUGCUUGCUGCGCCUGGUUAUAAGCCUAUCGUUACCCAAAUCUUCGACAGAGAGAGCAAGUACCUUGAAGACGAUGCGGUGUUUGCAGUCAAAGACUCGCUCAUUGUGGAUUUUAAGCCUUUCCAAGGCGACCCCAAAGCUGACUUUGAGUUGCCAUAUGAUUUCAAGAUGGCGAGCUUUGAGGAUGCAACGAAGGCGUGAGGUGCACGAUAUGAACUGGAUGACAUAUAUCGUAUUCUAGUCAUACAUGAUCGAUACUUGAUUAUUGAUGAAGCGUAGAUACUUCACAUUUUACA